AUGUUUCUUAAUCGGCGUAGGGGUCAGUUUUGGCCUAAUUCAAAUAUCGCACAGUUUCCACCUCGGCCCUGGCACUGUGCCCCUAAUCUCCCACAGUGGCUCUUCCCCGGACCUUCGCUUAAUGGGCCCCUGGAUCUACCACUAAAUCCCAGCAGAGUCGUUCAUCCUUUACUCAAUUUUUCCAUAGGCGCUCCUGUCCAGCGCGGUGCACAUGGGCACAGAAGGCCUUAUGUAGGAUCACCUAGAAAGCGGAUCCAUUCCGGGGGUCAGCUUCAUGACCGACCUCCUAAAAGAAAAAGAUUGAAUUCUGUCAGCCCUAAAGCAUCUCUAAAUCCAACUGAUCCCUUAAAUUUGCAGGAUCUGAUGAAGGAAACUGAGCGUCGUCGAGUUGAGGGCCUCUCCCCACUUCGCGGGGAUUCUAGGCUUAAUACACCUGCAGUCAAUGCUGGCGACAUUGGAAGCUCGAGUCCCGUGGCUGCCAACGUUCAUUUAAUGCUUGAUCUUCCCAGAAUAAGGGCAUCCUUUAUGACUCAACGGCGCGGUUCCUCCAGGUGCCAGCGGCGUAAUCUCCCAAAUAGAUUUAAAAGAAGACCUAUCACAGGAAAUUACCCCGAUUACUAUUCCCGCAGAGAUCCUCAUGAGCGCUUACACUAUUUAAUGCCUGAGUGGUUUAGUGGGAAGGAUGUUGCAGAUUAUGGGUGCCACAAUGGUACGAUGACUUUUAUGAUACUUGAAAGGUUUCCCGAUACUAAGAGGAUCGACGCUUUCGACUGCGAUGCAGAUUUGAUUGCCAAUGCCAAAUGCAUGCAGAGGGAACGUAUGCGAUGGGAGACAAGCUUCUCAGUCUCAUAUCAAAAAAUUCGAUUUCAGGCAGCCAAUUGGGUAGAGUCUGAUUGUCCUUGUAUAGACGAACCGGAGUAUGAUACCAUUCUGGCUUUCAGUGUUACUAAAUGGAUACAUCUUAAUCACGGUGAUGCAGGGCUGAUGAGAUUCUUUCGAAGGGCCUUCAAUCUUCUCAAGCCCGGCGGCCAUCUAAUACUUGAGCCCCAACCUAUCUCUUCCUAUCGGCGUACCAGAUUCACUGUAAGUUGCAUUAUACCCUUGUUUGGCCUUAGAUAUUUUUCUAAUUAA